GCUGAUUUCAUAUUGCCAUAUAGACCCAAGACAGCGUGCACGGCCACAUAUGUACAUUUCCCCCAUUCAAAGAGGUCGCUUUAGAGUGUGCCUACGUGAGACUACUUAUGCACAGAUGGAGUGAGGUCAGCCUUUGUCUGACCUUCUCGUCGAGCGAUCUGCACCCUCUGCCGGUUGACCUCGGCCACAAGCUUCGUCCAGCUCGCCUCGACAUUCCUCGAUAUGGUAAUGCCACUUCCCAGGUACCCAGACCGACAUGUUCUGCCUGUGCGCACUUUUCAACCCAAGGUGUAGCGAUAUCAACAGCCUCAAGAAUUCCACGCUGUUAUUGCGUGUUGGCUCUUAAGUAUAACCUUUCGCCAAGACUUGCCCGAUUUGAUGGUCGAGCUCGGGCCGCCGUCUACCAGUCUACCAUCUCCAUGCCUCCCAUGACCGAUUUCAACUACCCUGUAGACCGAUACCCUUUGUUUCGCGGCCGGCACCCUCAAUACGAGGGCGCACUUACAGCAGGCAACACAAUGCCAGUUCAGCGACGACAGUCUAGACCUCAUCACAGCCUCCCGAAGCCCAAGGCGUGCCAUUCCGACUCUUCGACGUCUCCAUUGCGCAGCACUCUACAGCAUGACGCCCUUCGCUUCAUUUCGGGUGUGCAGUCGGCGAAAAGAGGACAGCUGGCCGCACACAUGCCCUCGAGUCUACACUGCAAGUACUAGAUUCACCACGCAUAUAUCCGCGCUGUGCUCACAUCCGACGGGCGGACAAGGAUGCUAUCGACGAUCGCCCGCGUUCUCACCUGGCGCACCGAGAGAAUGGCCGGAAAGGAAAGUACAAGAUACGAGCCGCUCAUGGACCUCCGAUAGUAUCCAUUUGGACCGCCUAUACCACAAAUCCUGCCUCUGGCUUGGCUAGUACCGGCCGUGCUGACUCGA